GCACCCCCUGACCCGUGUCCUGCACACACAGGGGUGUUCCAGGAGAUGUUUAAAUUCGAGUGUCACUUCAUCAACGGCACUGAGCGGGUGAGGCUCGUGGUGAGGAACAUCUACAACCGGCAGCAGUACGUGCACUUCGACAGCGAUGUGGGGGUCUAUGUGGAGGACACCCCGUUUGGGGAGAAGACGGCCAGGUACUGGAACAGCCAACAGGACUUGCUGGAGGACAGACGGGCUGCGGUGGACUGGUUCUGCCGGAAAUGCUACCAGAUCUCCACCCUGUUCCUUGUGAACCGCAGAG